AUGCCUCACGCUGAGCACCUUGGUAUAGCCUUCGCAAACAUUGUGUAUGCGUUUUUGAUGGGCAUUGAUUACAAUGAUUUCGAUGAGUCCAUACGACGGUUGCUUGAGGGGUGCUCCCGUGAGAAGAGGACGCUCAUUACGUUCCUCAUGAAAAAAAAGAUGAAAUGCUCAGCAUCCGACACUGACUGUGACGCCUGUAACACGUGGGCAGGGAAUGAGGUGAAGAAGUCGGAGGUUCCAGGAAUACGGAGGGAUGGGAACGCAAAGUCGUGGGGGCACCACAUAGGGGAUCCUUAUCCCAUGGGUGCCGAUAGUCGGGCGGAGGCCUCAGACAUUGACUUGCUUGAACGUGUCAUUUCAUCGAAUGAUGUUGUGACACAGUUAACAAUAGUACGCAAUGCCUUUUUGGAUUGCCUAACAAAACUUCAGGAGGCCCCAGCGCGUGAUUCAUCUUUUUCGUCUGUCGCCACUAGUUCUUCGGCUACUGCUGUGACGCAGCAGGCAUUGCAGCCCAUCCCAGUACUGUGCUCAGGGAGCUUUCUCGAUGGUGGGGUGAAGGCGAUCGAGGAAGUCGUAGGCGGUCUUAGUCAAAAACUAAGACGAUCCUGUCAUCCGUCUGUCCUUGCCCGAUCAGUGGUGGAAUCGGAUCGGUCUAUAAACAACGAUUUUUCAGAGCAGUGGGACCCUAAUUGUAUUCAGAUGCAGUGUGCAGGGGUGGACCUUCUUUGGAUGUUUAGUCUCUGCCUCGUGUUGGCGCCGCAGCAAUCUGUGCAAAUUCGCUUCCGUAGUCUCUUCCACUGCAGUCGAUUCUUUUUGAGUGGCCGCUCGGCUGUGUCUUCUUGUGAGGGGAACAGCACUUUGCCUCGAUUGUGUGACGUUCCACCGGUGUUCUACCUCUCACACGACCUUGUCACGAAGCUGGAGGCGCAUUUUCACAAGUUGCUUCUCAACCAGGGGAGUGGUGUGUCACCGAUGUGGUACAUGUACCGCCUGCAGCUAGGCCGCGCAUGCUACGGGCUCCUCAGCGCGGUGGACGAGCGCGCUGCCGACACCACGUGCCGCACAGUCGUACAAACGUGUGCGUCCGUGAUGAGGGUUGCGCGGCUAUCGUGCCGCAGCUGGGAGAACGUGGACUGGAGCGGCCUUAUCGUGGAGGCCGCGCCAUCGUCGUCGUCAGCCGCCGAGCGAGAGGCGCUUGGUCGCGACCUGGAGUGCAUCUGGCGGAGGCGCCAUAGGUGGUGGGUGGACAUAACCGAUGAUGUCACGCACGCUACCGACGGUGCGUGGGCCAAGACACUUCCUAUUAUUUUAAGCGGUGCGCUGCCUUGUUUUUUAUUUUCGCGCUUUGGCGGGACGGCGGCGCGCAUCUCGAGCUUGUAUAAUUUGUCAAAGAGUAGUAGCACCACGAAGACCGAGAAGACACCAGGGGAUAACUUUAGUGCAUUGGUUUGCUAUACUAUGCAUCUGUGCAAUAUUUUCAAUCACCGCACCAGCAGAAAUACUGUGUUGAGGGACUUACUGGGACUCGUGAAGAAGAUGAUUACUCACUCAAAGAAGGACAAAAGGGAUAGAGAAUUAGUGACCUUAUUGCUUUCCGGGUGCUUUCUUCCGCAGGCAACUGUUUGUAGUAACCACUGUGUUGAUGAUUCGAAGCCAAACGAUUCUACGCCCCCGAAGGAGGAAGCAGAAGCUUUGCUGCACGAUGUUGAUAGGUGGCGAAAACCGAAGCAUGCCAUUUUAUAUUCCUUGUCUACAGUUGCGCUGCUGGGGAUGCUCUCGGUCGAGGCUUUUGCACAGAGACUCGUUACUUUCUUUGCAACGAUGGAGUCAUGGCUUCUGGCGGCGGAAAGCAAUGAAAGGAUUGCAAUCCUCUACUCCAUAUUACACGCCUGUGGCUUGCUGCGCGAUGUGAGCACUAGCUCCCCACAGGCGUUGGCGCAUGACUGGAGCCGCUGCACUGAUGGAUUUUGCCACUUUGUGGAGAAGGCCGUGGUGAGGGGCAUCGGCUGCGAGAGUUGGCGGGAUACACGUCAGAAGUCUUCCUGUGUUGCUGCAGCAUCAGACCUGUUAUUGUUUUCCCUUCAGCAAGAAUCACUUCACCUGAAGGCGUGUAAUUGGCUGCUAAGGCUGUUGGAUACAAAAUCGAAGGUAAAGUCGUUGUCAAAAAGUGGCAAAGGUGUUCCUCUUAGCCGUGGCCAUCUCAUUGCGAUGCGUACCAUAUCUGCUCUCUCUGAAGUUCAGUGCUUUCCAAAUAUCCGUAUUUCUGCGCCCACACUGGGUGAUGCGGCAGGCACCAUUGUGGUGUGUUCGUUACCAGGUGAAAGCGGUACAGGUAUGUGGACCUCACAAACUGCCUCUAUCGUACCGAAGAUGUCAAUUCGGGAAAGAAUUGUUGGGCUUUUAUCUAGUCACGGGUCGUGUUAUAACCCUACGGUAACCACAAUUGAGGGAUCUGCUGUUAUGUGGAACGGUAAUACGUUCAAAAAGGCUUAUCAUUUCGUGGAGUCUUCCAAGGAGAUUAGGCUGGGCAUCGAUGAGGUGCGCAAAACGGCCUUUGAAUGUUUGCGGCUGAUAAACCUGGAGGCUCAAACUGAAGAUACUGUGGAACUUUCAAAUCAUCUUGUGUACGUUUUCCUCGCUGCAUGUUUCUGGGUUCCCGCACAGGAGGUCCUGGAUAGCAGCCUUACGCUACCAAUGCUGCUCGUAGGAGCCAAAACACCUCUGUACGACGCAGUACAUCAAGUAGUGAUGCCAUUCUACUUGCUUGGUAGGGGCAAUGAGAACAUGUCGACCUGUGCACUAGCCCUGCAUCGUUUGGCUGAAUGCAUCAUUGUAAUGUUGGGAAAAGAUGAUGAUGAACGUGUGCAGCACCUCGCAGAGUAUUUGACGGCGCAUCUUCUCGUCCUGAGGGACAAGAUGGAAUGUCUCGUGAACAAUGAGUUGCAGGCGGAAGGGAAGGAAGAGAUUAACUAUCCGUUGGGAACAAAUCUGAAGGCGAUGAGUGUUGGUGAUAAAGAGACACACAAAAAGAAAGUAUCGUUCCGCCGGGCGAGAUGGGACUGGCUGCUGAAUGCGAUGAGCACGGAUUCAUUUUCUGAGAAAGAAAUGCCAUGUUCUUUAUCGGUGAAGGAGGAAUGGUGCGCUAUCCCUGCUCUGCGCGGAACCGCUGUGAUCGACACACUGGAGGGACUAGCAGUGGUGCUGCUUGGCCACAGCAGGCGGCAGGUGCGUCGAACAGCAUUAUUGCAGCUCGAGUUGCUCGCGUCGCUUCUUCGGUUACAACGUCGUCAUUGUAGGUUUUCGUCAGAAACUUCAAGUUUUGUCGAUGUUUCCGGAAGCCCUCAACAAUCUCCACACGUAAAAGCUGCGUCACUGGGGGCGGCGAGCAGCUUCGCCGUGUACACUGAGGGGCUUUACUUCCCUCGCUUUGCGGUUGCUGAGAUUUUUACAGAUCUUGGGGGCCAGUUCGAGGAGAUGUACAUAUCACAGAAAGAGCCGUAUUUGCCACUGGUUCGCCUCUUUGACGGGCGUGUGUUUACCCCAUUCUACUCUCCCGAUGACUGUAGCGUGGUGAGUGGAGAGUGUCGGUGGUUGCGUGAUAGCUGCAUAGUAGGCUUCGAGGACAUGCACGAUGCAUCUGGGGUAUGCUCAGCAAAGUCUGCACAUCAGCCGCCGUCGCUUUUCGCUACUCCUUUCGGUGCACGCUGCCUCGCGGGUGAUGCGGAUGUGCCGCACUUUGUCUUUGUUGCCACUGUUGCGCUGACGCUGGUGAUGUAUGGUUAUCGUCCAGGUUCGGCAAUCGUACGGGUAGUGUGUGCAAUUGCUGGUGAGUUGGUUGUACGGGGUGAGAAGCAUUGCCGAGAGCGAAGUUUCUCCAUGUGGAGGUCGUGCUACGCGUUAAAUUUCCUGCUGUUGUGUGUUGACAAUGCGAAGAAUUCACCAGAAGCUAACCGCCUUACACGUGGGAGUGAGCGUAACCGUCCCGGGCACCAGCAGGGCGGCAAUUCCACAUUUGUUGGGGGUCGUGAUUCCACGAGUGGAGUUGAGUGGCAGAUUGUGAAUCGCUAUGCGGAGUAUAAUAAGCUUAUGAACAACAUUACAGUGAAUCUUCUUUUAGAAGAGAUCAACACUGAGGCCGUUUCACCACACUUUUUGGACUUGCUGCAAUAUCUGCUUGUAGGGCCGCUUGAGUUUGUGUCUGCAGGAAAUUCUACACUGGUGACGUUCGCCGGAAUGAUGGACAGUGAUCAUCCCAUUGUGACAAAAUUGCAGAAUUUACUUGCCCAGUGUCAUUCAAAGAUGCGCCGAACGAAGCAGCACAUUGCACACGCCAGCUUAGCCAUUCUGCUCCCUAUUCUGGUCAUCAUUGGCCGCCGCUACUUUGUGAAACCCCCUAUUGCUCCAGGACGCAUACAGGACACUGUGGCGACGAAACGCACACGAAUGGAGGGAAUCUUCCAAGGUAUUAUCGACUCCGUGUUGCUGGGCGAUCCAAUUUGCAUGGAGCAUCCGGACGAGCAUGAGGCGGAGCGGCUACUCUCCUUCGAGACACUGGGACGCACGCUGAGUGAAGGACACGGCGUGGCGGCACGGUCGUGGCUGGCGCUCCCUUUCCUCCCCAGCGUUGUUGCCAAGAGUGAGACUGGAUGUCAUACCCUCCAAGGGACACUCUCAGAGAUGACGCCGAUUAUUGUGCUUCGGGGCGUUUUUUGUGAUUUGAUUGGAAUGGUGUACUCCAAGGACGCCAAGUACUUGGAAGCGCAACUGAAAAGGAAACUUUUGUCGAAGGUUUUGUAUUCGUUAACCUAUCAGGUGCACUGGUUCCUUCGGGGAAACACGAACUGCACAGGAAGCGGCUUUGAAGCUAGGUGGCCCAAAUGUAUGGUUACAGUACUGGCGAAGGCUAUUCUUGCUUUGCAAACUGUGGUGUCGUCGGUUGAGCUACUUGCGUGUAGCCGACAGCAUUUGGAACACACUAACAUCAUUGGUGUUUUUUCCAAAAAAUUCUUUCAAUGGCUGCAACGAGAGUUGUCGACAGACUGUAAUGACCUGGAGAAAAGUUCACCGAGUGUAUUUGGUCUUGCGGUCACGCUUCUUGUGGCCGACUCUGCGUCGCGGGAGUCAGUGCGCCGUGUGUUGCGUGAGUUGCCAAUAGGCAGCCCUGUACACCGCACUUUUUUUGCAGUGAUUGUGACUGCAAUGUCUGUGAAGUGGGCUGGUCAGAGGGAGCCUUUACUGGCACUCCGGCAGUCCUCCAGGGCGGAAACGUCUCAAGUACGUUCUGAAGUAAGCAGUGAUACGUUUGCAGCCUCUGUUUUAUCUACUACGAAGGCGGACAACGUUGUGGUUGAGAUUUCUAAGAGUGGGACCCUCAUUUUCUACGCGCUGGCCUACUUGUACGAGGACGCUACUGUGGGCUACGUCUUUGACGCUGCCGUCAGAUCUAAGGCACUGGGCCUGCUGUUUCGGUUGUGCGGCGAGUCUCCAUCUGAGUCUGGGGCAUGUGCAGUGGAUGACUGGCUGUUUUUGCUGCUGAAGGCUUACAGGAGUGGGAUCGGCGAAGCAGAGUGUGCCAAUGGCUUUCUUCAGUCUCUCUUUGCGAUGGCGACUGGUGAUGUGCUCUCGGCGGAGCGCAAGGCUAAUUCUCCUGCGCAACUUCAGCGCAUCGCUUUAAAACUUCUCACACUUCUGUUGAAGCGAAUAGAGGCAACGGAUUCUAAUCUGCGCACUGUGCUUCAAGUUACGCAAGCGUGCAGGAACUCAAGCUCCGAGCAUGACCUUGCCGAAUUGUGGGGUGGCUGGAUAGCGUACGAAGGUCGUGAAAGAGAACGGUUCGUCUCUCUGUUGGUGAGCUCAUCUAUAGAUUUGGCGGACAAACGUAUAGUGACGUACUAUAUAGACAGCUACAUCAAUCAUGAAUCAAUGUUACAAGGAACUCGACGCAAUUGCAGAUUGAGUGGGCGCUUACGUGGUGCCUACUACAGUUUUCUUAUUUUCUCACUGUACCAGAUGAAACUCCUGCGUUAUAACAUGGCGAGGGGCACAGCCAACAAUAACAAUGAUACCAGCAACCACAAUAAUAUGAAGGCGGAACGGAUGUCAGACCCUUUUUUUGAUUCAAUGCGUGAUGAGGGCCCCCGACAUAGCUCGACGUUGUGUCUCUCGCGGAGCUUUAGCCAUCCUGAAUCACAAGUGAACAAAGGCAUAAACCAGAAUGGUGCGGCGAAGCGAAAAAUGUUGUGGGUCAUGGAGGAAAACAUAUGGCGUGUUCCGGUGAGAUUGACACGAGAAAACUUGAAGGAGAAUUCUGAUAUUCACCAGACACGGGAGAAGCAGGUGGAGCGAUGCGGUAGCAGCUUCUCAAGUGAAGCUCGUGACGACCAGGCGACGUUGCGGGAGGUGGGUUUUGUGAAGCCGCUCGUGAGUGUCCUUUUCUUUGCAUCAUGGGCAAUGGAUCGGCUUCGGCAGCGUGGUUGGAAUUUGUGGAGUGAGCUGCACAAGGAUCUGGACACUAUCACAGGUUACAUGGUGAAGGAGUCGUCAAGUGAGGUGAAGCUUGCCCCUCCUGAGCUUGAUUUCGCGUCUGAUACAAGUGUCAGUGAGACAAUGGAGAGUGAUGAAGGUUCAGAAGAGGAGCACAGCGCAUCGCAACAGGAGCAGACAGAGAGCGACUGCCCGAGUUGCUCUUCACCGUGCCAGCGUGCUUCCACCACCAACAAGACGGCAGCAGCGGCGGAUGCGGAGCUGCACUCGGAGGCAGGCAGUGGCGACACUGUCAUUGUACAUGCACAUAUUCCUAAGCUAAGCUUUCGGGAGGCGAUUGCGUCUCAUACGAAACAAGCAGAGAAGCAAAAUAAGAGGGGGAAAUCUAAACACUUGACCAAUACAAAUGUUCCAUUUAGUAAGCUACACCGAGCCUUUCUUGUGUUGUUUCAUCAUUCGGCGUGUAUGUUGCUUGUGCACAUGGGUUGUGGUGAAAUGCGUUGUGGGGAGCAGCGGGGGGAGCUCUUGUCGCGUUUUCACGUUAUUGAAUCGACAUUUGAAGCGCUUGGCAGUUUACUGAAGGGGAAUGCUUCGGAAGGAAGCUACCGCGCCCCUUCUUCACUGAGGCACUGGCUGAAGCUAACUUUUACCCGGUUAGAUCACCAUGAGAAGGUGAAGCCGCGCGGGGGUGAUGUUGGUGGUGGUAGUGGUGGUAGUGGGUACUGUGAUGGAUCUUGUACUGCUGCGCUCGUCAUGGAGCCGUCAUUGGUGCUGGGGAACCCGGAACUAGACGGACGUGUUAACGACUCAGCUUCAUCUAGCGCUGACGUUGUUCUCACAGAGCUUUUUCUGAGCAUUGCCGGACACGGUCGCAACAUGAAGGGACGUCAUUAUAUGCUUCGGUGGCUUCAUGAGUCAUUCACGUGGAUGCAACAGUCUAGUGCUGGGAAAGGGGUGGCAAAAACACGGCUGCACGUCUUGUACUCGCACAUCUCGCUACUUUCGCUGAAGGUCGCUCGGAGUAUUUCCGCCUGUCUUUCCUUUACGACCGGUGUCCUAGUGGUUGGUUGUGAUUGGCGACUGAUGUGGAUGGAAAAGACAGCAAUGCAAUUGGCAGAAGCGAAUGCCCUUCGACAAUUGCUCACGACUCUCUUAGAUCAAACAAAGGCACUCCAUUGGGAUGUUUCCCCCAACACGGGUUUGCCAUUUAUGGGCGCUCACCAUUAUGUAUUCUGCAGCUCUAUCCUGACUUCGCUGGGGUGCUUGCUGCGCGACAUUAUUAUACACGAAACGUACUACUGUACAAGCAUUCAUAUAAGGGAAAUGGGGGAGAAGAAACCGGAGGCAUUGGGGCUAGCCAUUCCCUUCAGUGACAACAGCGUGUUCCCAGCACGUCAUCUUUUGUCAUGUUUCUGGGCCGGCUUUGCGUUACUACUAACACCGAACACAUGGCAAGCUGCGUGCAACAUGUUGGCUGUGUUUCACCGCUACGGUUGUGCCAGAUUUCUAGGUAGUAUCACCGUGCCUGUUUUGUCGCCGCCCAAAUUGCUUUGCUUUGAUGUGGCUCCCGACUGUGCGGCCGUGCAGCUUGUCCUUUUGCAACAAGGCAGAUCAGCACAAGUUCGACAGAAGGUAGAUUCCAUGCUGCAAUGCGACUGUGGUUGGCGUAUGCACGAUACGGCAGCCGAUGCGGUGCUGAAUUACCUUCACGAAUAUGCAAACGAAAAGGACGAGGGUGCAUUGCUCCUUGCUUUCACAGAGUUCGUUAUAUUGUGUGACUGGGGAUCCCUUGACUUGGAAUUGCACGCCCCGAAGUUUGCCGCAUUUACCAGAAAUGAAGAUGUGCAGGGCAGACCCAACACAACGCCGACCGUGCAGAGAGAUGGCAUCUCGCCGAACGCCUUCCCAUGCCACUCCUUCUCGCAGUGCCUUCUCGCAUUAGCUGAAUCUUGGAAACGUUGCGUUUUGGAGCUACCGGAUGAGUGCCAAGGGAUGUCGCGUAGCCUUUCUUCUCGCAUAAGCUUUUUGCUUGAGGAGCUUCUUAAAAUGUCAGUCAAGGCCUUUAGCGUCCCUUCUGUUGAUGUGCUUCUGCAUCGUGUGGCGGCAACGAAGUCCGGCCACGGGGGAUCUCUGGAGGCGACGCUGUCCCAAUCGAAAAGCCACAAUACGGAUCUUUGCUCCCUCCACAGCUGCGCAAACAAUUCAAGGGAACGACACUACUUGUUUGAAGAAAGUGUCUUGUCAUUUCAGCGCCUUUUUGAGUCGCUGGUGAUGGUUCCACUCAUGUCAUUGUUCCAAUCGUCCCAGACCCCACUGUCACUGUGGAGUAAAAUCCUCGCCUUUGUGUCAGCACUUCUCUCGUACUAUGAGCCGAAGUACGGCUUUGUGGUAGACUUGCUGCGGAAAUUUUUGCCAGAUGUAGAGCGCGGACUAUGUGUUGGUACUUUGUAUGGCUCCUUAACGGAUGAGACACCCUUCUUCGACCGACUUGUUGUGCCUGUCCUUGCAGAUGAAGUGGCAAUGAAGGUUAUGAACUUGAAAGCAGUCCUCUUAAGAAAGCCGACCUCAGUUCUAUCCUACGAGUCAAUGAAGUGGAUACCAAUGUUGACGUCCCUUCUUGACAAUGCCACGGUGGUGCACGCACUCAUUGAUUUCCUUGCGAAGGAUUCGUUUUCAAUACCUCUGAUGACCUUUGACAUGCAAACCGCGGGGGGAUCAUCUCUGGAGAUGUCUGGAUCGUCUAAGCCGAUUUUCACAAGAGAGAAACGAAUGAAAUCGGGAUCUUUUAACGACCGGACAUCUCAUGAGAGCCGCUCAGACGAGGAUGCUGACAAAAAAUUCUGCGCCGUGGGUGCUUCCCACACAACGGCGCAUUGUUCUGUUGAGUUGAAUUCAUCUAACCUGUCGAUGAAACAAACUGCGUGCGCCAUUUCGAAGCCGAAGUCUCAUUACUUUGGUAAUUACGUUUAUGAAGUUUUGUCUUCUGCGUAUGGCGCUCCCCCUAUUAUGGGCCAGCUGCCCCUAGAGUGCUACCGUCCUUCAAUGAAUGCGGAUCUCUCUGCUGGCGUUGCUCCUCCUGGCACUUCUGAAGAAGAUGGUGGCAAUGAGCAUCCGGGAUCCCUUGCAAAACGGAGCAAAAGUCGCCAUGAACAAAAUUGCAUUUACCUCUGGGACGUCUCUAGCCUCUCUGCGAGUGACAGCACCAGUGACACGGACUCUUUGAGCACCCUGGCUGACGAAAGGUCCUCCAAUAAUGACGACGACUCUUUGGCCUCUUCUUCCUGA